ACAACAUCAUAUUACAGUGACAGUGAUGAUGAUGAUGAUGUCGAAGAUAAAGCUUAUUCCCUCAUCUCUCUCCCCACCCCCUCUCUCCUGUCAGUCCUCUAGAUGUGGACACACUACUCAGAACAUAAAUAGAUACAACAAUAAGAAUAAGAUUGAAAAAAAAACCGAAUAGGCUUUAAGAAACUGACACACACCAGUUCUCGCUCAAGACCCAAAGACCGCUAGCAAGAUGUCUGGCUCCACCCAGGAAGAAGAGGAGUUGCCUGCCAAUCACACAGGUCCAAAAGGUGUAAUUAAUGACUGGCGAAGGUUUAAGUUGGACAGUGUGGAUCAGACUGUCCCUCAAAGCAAGAGAGAGCUGCUCAGACAAAUGUCCAGUCCAGGAGAGGAUGACAAGGAGAGAUUCCACAGAAAGAUGAGUGUUCGGGAGUAUGAAAUGAUCCAUGAAGAGGAUGAACAUUGCCUGAAACGCUACAGAAAACAGUGUAUGCAGGAAAUGCACGAGCGCCUGAGCUUUGGUCCUACAUUUCAAGAAGUCUACGAGCUUGAGACUGGAGAAGCCUUCCUGGAAGUCAUAGAGAAGGAACAUCGAUUGACUCAAGUGGUGGUCCACAUCUACCAGCACGGUGUCAAAGGCUGUGAACAGUUGAACUCAUGUCUGGACUGUCUGGCUUCGGAGUACCCCAGCAUUAAAUUUUGUCGUAUUGAUGCUGUGGGAACAGGCGCUUCUGAGCGCUUCACCCCUGAGGUUCUUCCUGCCCUGCUGGUGUACAAAGCUGGCGAGUUACUUGGUAAUUUCCUGGCCGUUACCAAACACUUCAAUGAAGACUUCUUCGCAACAGAUGUGGAGGGGUUUCUCAAUGAAUAUGGCCUGUUACCUGAGAAGGAGUGCACAGCAUGUGCUGAUGAUGAGGACGAGGGAGAGGACGUGGAAUAGUUAAAGAAAGAAAGAGAAAAUGAUGAUCUUUGAGAGAAGGGGAGAAAAAGAUUAACUGCAGUGGAGGAGAGUGGAUAAAAGCAGAGAACGAGGAAAAAGGAAAAGGGGGUAUACCAGUAAAGGUAAAAAAAAAAGCAGAGCUGAAGAAAGAAGUGGAGGAAAACAGUGGGGACAGUGUUGCAGUCAUGAGUUAAGAAAACAUUUAGCUACACAAUAGUAAAAAUCAACCAGCACACACUAAAUGCUGAUUGUAUUUAGAAGCAGUUUAAUGUAAAGGACAUGGUGUGAGAUAGUCUGUGCCUAAAUACUGCUUUGCAGUCAUAUCAUAGCUCUCCAAUAAAAGAUGACUUUACCAAAGCA